GCUCUGAGCUCGCAUCAGAGGCGCUUCCAAGCUUCAUUUGCAGCGAACGGCGAGGCGCAAGAACUGCUUAACUCGCUCGGCUGCUCGCCUUUUGGAGGCACCCGGAGGGGCCCGACACUGACCGGGCCGGUGGAGCUCUGUGGAAAUGAGCAGCCCCGAUGCUGGAUACGCCAGUAGCGACGACCAGGCGCAAGGACGGUCCUCCCUCCCUCCCCUCAUGAUGCAGUGUCAGUGGGCAGAAUCGCUGAGCCCCUUAACCGACGGCAAAGGCAAAGGCGAAGCGGCGGCCGAUCAAGUACAUCAGGGAGCCUCGGGCCGGGCCAAAGGGGAGACCCGCAUUCGCCGCCCCAUGAACGCUUUCAUGGUCUGGGCUAAGGACGAACGCAAGCGGCUAGCGCAGCAGAACCCGGAUCUGCACAACGCGGAGCUUAGCAAGAUGCUGGGACAGUCGUGGCGGGCGCUGACCCAGGAGGAGAAGCGCCCCUUCGUAGAGGAGGCGGAGCGGUUGCGGCUGCAGCACAUGCGGGACCACCCCCACUACAAGUAUCGGCCGCGGCGCAGGAAGCAAGUCAAGCGCCUUAAACGCAACGACGGCGCCGCGGACGGUGGGAGCGGCUUCCUCCCAGUUCAGCAUCACCAGAUGGGCCUGCCCGGAGAAGCGGGAAAUGCAGGCAGCUGCGAGGGGCUCGGCCUUUCGUACGCAGAGCAGCCGAAUUACGCCGGCGGGAGCUUUCAUUACCGGGACUGCGCGCCGCUCCCGCUGUCGGCUUUGAGCACCCAUUUCGGGAACUACAGCCUGCCUACGCCGGAGCCCGAAUCCCAGGGCGGCGCCUGCGCAGAACCUGUCUUUUUCCCGCCUCCCCACCCGGAGGAAGGUGGCUGCCUGCUGGGCCCCUACGGCUACCCGACGCCGCCCGGGUCCGAGUAUCCGUGCAACGGCGUUCCUGCCGGCGGCCAUGGCAACAACGGUGGUAGUCCCAAUGUCGGCGUCAGCCUUUUCCGUAGUCGCUUCCAGGUGCCCUUGGCCUCCUACCCUUCCUCGCCCGCCCCGGACCACGCGCAGCAGCAGCAGCAGCAGCAACCCCGUCGCCGAGCGGAAGCCCCCGCGGGGCUCGAGCAGCUGCCCCCGCACGACGUGGACUUGCUGGCAGAUGUGGACCGCGCCGAAUUUGAGCAAUAUCUGCCCUUCGCCUGCCGCCCGGGCGACCUGGGGCUCCCUUACGCCAGCCACGAAGGCCCGGAGGCUAACGCCGCUGCCUAUUAUUGCGCGGGUGGGGCCGGAACGUAUCCCGAGUUGUGAGUCCAGCGUCUCCAGGCGAGUGAGGGCGGGGCAGGUGUACCCUGCUAAUCCUAUUUAUUGUAAUUUAUUGACGGCGCUUUUCUAAUAGCCAUUUAUAGAACCUGAAACGAGGGAAGGAUCUCCCGAGUUUCUGAAAAAGGCCGCGAGGCUUUUUCUUGCAAGAGGCUCCCUUCGUGGGAAUACAGGCAUAUCUUGCCUUGUUCAGGUUUUGUACAGAAUGGGUUGGGCUCGGAUUUAAAGCGCCAGGAUUAAAGUUUGACUUGGAACAGUUUGGCAAUAAAAACCCAAAAGAAAAAAAUCCUUCAGGUGGUUUUUACACCAGGGUGUUGUGGAGUUGUGUCAUUCUUCAGAGACUUUGUUACCUCAGAAAAUAACAUGCAAUGAAUGGUUGAAUAUCCCCGCUAACUUUGCACACACAACUUUACAAUCUCACUUUGCACAUUACAGUACAAUAUUCUCAUAAACUCCAAAUCAAUCACAGUGUGUCUUAAUGUGGCUGGGUAAUCUUGAAACUAGAGGUCCCAGCUAAGCUCCUGGAAUGGCUUUCCCAUAAAGGAGACCCCACUACAUCUGUCCUAGUUUCCCUGGACCAGUGUGCUUAUGAGAGGCCGAUUACCUGGGUGGGGCCAGGAAGUAGAUUCUAUAAUGUGUGAAAUGAGACCUGACAACUCCGUAGCAAAUCUCCAUAGUUUUCAACCCUUUGGCCUCAUUCUUUUACCUGGAAAGUAUUCCAAGCAGUAAAUAUUGAAAAAGAUCCCAAAGAUAAUCAGAUGAGAAAACAUGAAUGCUUUUGCCUGGCUUAGAUCUAGUGUUUGAACAUGCUUUAUUCCAGUAAGUGUCACCUACUGAUAAGUAAGUAUUGGGAAAGUUAGUUUAAAUAGUCAGCUUCUCUCACAAUCUGAUCCCUAGGACAUUCUCUGAAGGCUCAUAGCCUGCCAAAGUAUUCUUAGCAUUAGAAGGUGUGUUUUAAAUCUGAUGUGCAUUUAAUGCCUAUUAUUAGUAUUAAUUUGAGCAAAUUAAAUGAGUGUAAUUAAAUGUGCUGUUUCUCGGUUCUAUUCCAAGAAACAGAAUUUUGUAUACCUUGCUUCCUUCAAUAAUGUCUUUGACUUCAGUAUUUUAGGAGAUUACAAUCCUUAGUUAUUUAGGAUUGUAGUACAUGGGUGCAAGCUGGACUGUACCACUGCUUGGCUCUCUCACCUUAAUAAGCUGAACUGUUCACACUUAAUAUCAUCAAUUUAGGACUACCAGAUCCAAGGACUAGCAAAAAUUGGGAUAGCAACAAAGAGAACCUGGUGUCUGAUAUUUUACAGCCCUAAUCAGGUAAUGAAUGGAUGCAAAAAAAAUACGUGCCAAAAAUUAACUAAAAUUAUCACAAAAAAAAUCGGAGGAGCUAAGAUGUAGAAAAUCUUGUUGCCCUCUUUGGUAGUGCAUUACCCAGGCUAUGGUCAACUGAACCACAGAUGAAAUUGCUGUUGAGACUUUGCUAAGGCAGGAUCCUUCAGAAGAAACCAAAAGCAAAUGAGCCAUCCUGAAUUGAUAGCAGGCAAAAACCUGGAUCAUGUGUCAGGAAGGGAUGGGCAGGAGCCUUUUACAUUGACAUCCACUUAUUUUAUACCUGUUGGGAGCAGCACGACAGUACAGUCUUGCUAUUAAAAGUAUAUAGAAUUAAUUUUUUUUUUCAGAUUUUGGCCCAUAUCUGUAUCCUUUUGUAAAGAAUACGAACAUGAUGCAUUUUCCUUUUUUCCCCUCCUUUCAAUGUAGAAAGCAAAAGCAGAUAGCAUGUAUUCUGACGGAUAUGGGUUGGAGUCUAUCUUGCAGCAAACAAAUAAAUCCUGGAAACAAUCCCUCAAAAGAGCAAGACUGAGAUUAUACAAUAUUUGUGUAUUAAACUUGUGGAUAUGCAGAUAAGUGAUUUCCCAUCUUGUUGCCUGUAACCUGGGUUUGAAGACUUGCUCAGAAGUAUGUUCCAUUGAUCAGGAUUUAAAUUUUGUAA